AUGACUGCGGCAGUUCUCAUUAAGCCACCAUCCCCUACCACUCACUUAAUCCUUUCAAAGGUUGGCGCUGGACCUUCAGGCCUUUCCCUGGCUCUCGCUUUGCUGCAAAACGGCGUCUCUGUUCAGAUCAUUGACAAACUUCUACUUACCGAGUUGGCCAGAAGGGCUCUGGUAUCCAAAAUCCUGGAGCUCUACAAGCUCCUCGGUGUCCUCCCUGAUAUACAAAAGAAAGGCGGCGUAGUCCAGCCUUUGUUGAUGUAUCUUCCUGGGGACGCGACCAAAACCGUCGAGAUAAUCAACCCCAUUAUGCUCGGGCAGGACCGGCACGAAGAGAUCCUGUGCGAACACCUGGCCAGGUAUGGCGUCACAGUCGAGUUGGAGACAGAGUUGGUGUCCGUCGAGCAAUUCUCUGACAGAGUGGUCUCUCGUAUCAUCAAGACUCACAAUGAAGGCGCUCAUAGCGUUGUGCGCAAGACCCUUGGGUUGACGUUCCUUGGAGAGACACGGAAGGGAGAUAAUCUAGUCGUGGGAGAUAUCCAUAUCAAGAAGCCAUUGCUGGACAGAGACGUAUGGCAUGUAUGGGGCGAGCCUGCUAUCAAAUCUGUGUCCCUCCGACCUUUCGAGAUCAAAGACGACGACAGAUACAAUUUCAUUUGUAUGGGUCGCAAUGUCGAUGCCGACAAGAUGGCGUCUAGUCGAGAGGAAUUCAUCAAGAGGUUUUAUGAAAUAAGUGGACGCACUGAUGUUGAAUUCGGUGAUCUUAUUUGGAUCUCCAAUUUCCAGCCUAAUGUUCGAAUUGUCAAUAGUUACGGCUCUGGCCGAGCUUUUGUUACUGGUGAUUCCGCUCACGUUCACAGCCCUACUGGUGGCCAGGGGCUCAAUUCAGGCAUCCAAGACUCCGUCAACUUGGCAUGGAAACUCGCCCUCGUCGAGAAAGGCUCGGCUCCCCAAAGUCUCCUUGAUAGUUAUUCCCAAGAACGCAUUCCCGUCAUCGCAGCAAUGCUCGACAAGACCUCUGAACUCCUGACAAAAAUCUUCAAGCCCGGAGGAGAUGGCCAGACAGGUUGGGUCAGAGGCUAUGAGCUUCGUCAACUAUCGCGCCAGUCCCAGACGGUUGACCCGUAUCGAUCAGGUAGCGACGGUACCAUCCGGGGUGGUGACAGGGCUCCCGACGCCCCUGACCUCGUAUUCGUUAAUGAUUUUUCGCGAAAGACCAGUCUCUUUGACGUCUUUGGUUCGUCCUAUCAUACAGUUCUCAUCUUUUCCGGCGGGAACACCGCUGUUCUGGACGCCCUGAAGAGCUAUCCUACCGGUGCUGUCAAGUCCGUGGUCAUUGUUCCGCAGCAACCGACAGGGCCGAUUUUGGCUGACUACGUACUGGUGGAUGGCGAUGGUUAUGCGUACAAGCACUACAAUAUCGCAGAGAAGGUUACCAAGGUCGUUGUGGUCCGACCUGAUGGAAUCAUUGGUGCGCUCGUGAUUGGUGUAGAUGGAAUGAAGCAGUACUUCAAGGGAAUCUUCAUCUGA